AUUAAUAAAAGUCACCAUAAUUCGACUUAUUAGAAAUGGAAUUUAACCCAAAUGAGCACCAACACUUGCGCUAUAACCCCUUGAAGGGCGACUGGAUCUUGGUGUCCCCUCACCGGGCACUGCGACCUUGGAGCGGACAAGUCGAACAACCCCAAGUGGAAAUAGUCCCAGAAUUCGACCCAAAAAACCCACUAUGUCCUGGAGUUAAACGUUCCUCUGGAAUCGUAACUCCGCAGUACAAAUCAACGUACGUUUUCACUAACGACUUUCCCUCGCUUUUAGAAGAGGGGCCAGAACCGCCCCAAAACAGCGACCCCCUUUUCCAGACAAAAUCGGCCAAAGGCACGUGCCGUGUCAUUUGUUACCACCCGCAUUCAAACGUCUACUUCACCUCAAUGACGUUAUCUGAAGUGGUUGCGAUUAUAGACGAGUGGAUCAGACAAACCGAAGAGCUGGGCAGGAAGUAUCUAUGGGUGCAGGUCUUCGAAAACAGGGGGGCUAUGAUGGGCUGCUCCAACCCACACCCACAUUGCCAGAUCUGGGCCUCGAACUUUUUCCCCAACGAGCCCAAAGCCAAAGACUUGCACCAAAGGGAGUACUUUGAAAAGUACGGGAGGCCGAUGCUGCAGGACUACCUCCAGAAGGAGUUACAGCAAGAUAAACGUGUGGUGUACCAGAAUGAAGACUGGGCGAUUGUGGUGCCCUAUUGGGCCACUUGGCCUUUUGAGACUCUAGUUUUGCCCAAAAGGCAAGUUCAGAGGUUUACCGAUUUGGACAAGAAGCAGAAGGAAGCCCUAGCGGCGGCUUUGAAGGCCAUAGUUGCAAAAUAUGAUAACAUUUUCAAAUGCACUUUUCCGUAUUCGAUGGGGUGGCAUGGGGCUCCCACUGGUGAAAAGUUCAAGGAGUCGUUGCCGUAUUGGACGUUCCAUGGGUGUUAUUAUCCACCUCUUCUCAGGUCUGCCACCGUUAAGAAGUUUAUGGUGGGGUAUGAAAUGUUAGCUCAAGCGCAAAGGGAUAUAACACCGGAAAGUGCAGCAGCUCUUAUAAAAGAACAGUCCGAAGUCCGUUUUUCUGAUAAGUAGCACAUAAAUCUAAAAACAGUUAAUUUACUCAUUGCUUAAUACAUAUCCAUUUUGAUCUCCAUUGUUAAUUUUCUUAAACAGUUUUUAUUAAAAAACUGUUGCAUUUAUUGUUAAAUAAAUAAUAGUUAAAAAAUGUGUGACUUUUCCUCAUAUCCUGCUUGCAAUAUGAAACGUUUUAUCAAAUGGAGACGAUUCAUGUUUUGAAUGUUUUCUUAAUGUAUCUAGUUAUAUCUAUUAUAGGAUACACCUCCAAAUAGAGAAAUGUUAACAAUAAUUAAAUAAACAGAAUAAUAAAUAGAUCAAUGAAUAAGUAAACUAAAUAAAAUUUACAAAAACUGCACUGUACUAAAACUAAAAAUAGAAAAACUACUGAAGGAAAAGAACAGAAAAUAAAACAAGUAGAAAACAAAAAGCAAAAGGAAUUCUGGAAAAAACUAUAGACUAAAAAAUAUGCUUUUGUUAUUGCGAAAAAUGUUCAAUGAGAGUUUUUCUUCAAGCAAAUGACAGGAAUUGCAUGACUUUAUUGUAUUGUAUUGCUGUUUUAAACUUGGAUAAUAAUACAUAUCCAUUUUGAUCUC